UCUCCAAAAACAAAGAAAAAGAAGAACUUAAAAAAACAAACCCUUAAUAAACACAUAAAAAGCAAAGGUUCCUGUUGACACAAUUUCAAAUUUUUAUUAAACAAAUUUUAAGAAAUUUCUAUUAAAAAAAAAAAUAAAAACUAAUCAGAAGUAAAGUUUUGUUGGAAAAGUAACUGUGAUGAGUGAUUUAGAAAAAAUGAAUGGUGCUAAUGGUGGCACUUUAAACGGUCUAGUGGGUGAUGAAGCACCCAUUAUGGCCAAUGGCUCGUUGGCAGCAACUGGGAAUGGCUCUACUACUAACGGAGCGGCUGCCGCUUCCACUGCUGCAGGUGAUAAUGGCGCUGCUGCUGCCACUACUAAUGGUGGCGGCACUGGUGUUGGUGAUACUGGUACGGCUGCUUCUUUAAAAGCCGUUGAAUCGGCUGUUUCUUGUUCUUCUAUGGCUGGUGAUGAUGCCGGCACCGAUGCUGGUGCUAGCUCUAUACCACCUUCCGAGGCUGGUGGUCGUCCUCCUUUGGAUACUGCCUGUUCGGAUGGUGGUGGCCCUUCCAGUUUGGUUGGUGGCAUGGUUGGACCACCCAGUCCUUUAACCGGCUGUUAUUUGCUUAUCAUUUUGGGUGAACCACACUCCGAGGAGCAUAAAGAUAAUAUUCUACAACAUUUGUUGAAAGGUAAGUGGUUGUCAUAUAUAGUUAUUAUUUGAAAAACAAAAAGGAUU